UUUUAAGUUUUUCUUUGAGCUCUGAAGGGUAGAAUAUUCUCUUCCAGACUUCAUCCACUUUCAAGCCCAAGUUGGCAACUACAACGAAACAAAAGAGAAAAGUCCAAGGUCAAAACGACACCGCAAAUCUGAACAAAACGAAGAACCUUCUUCUUCUUCAAAAACCCCAUGUUCAUCAACUUUUAAAUUCCCACCAAUUCAAUCCAAAAAAAGUAAAUAAAUAAAAAAAUAACAAAUUUUUCUUGAGAAAAUCCGGAUCAUUUUCUCGAGAAACUGCAUAAUAUGAAAUUCCCAAAACGCUGGAUCCUGUUUGUGGUGCUUUUGAUUACGAUCCAAUCCAAGGCGGCGUUGGGGGUUAAAGCUCAAUCUUCAUCGAAAGAAGCUUACGUGACGCUGCUUUACGGAGAUGAGUUCCUUUUGGGGGUUAGGGUUUUGGGGAAAUCGAUAAGGGACACUGGAACAACUAAAGACAUGGUCGUUUUGGUCUCCGAUGGCGUCUCUGAUUACGCCAAGAAGCUUCUCAAGGCUGAUGGGUGGAUAGUGGAGAAGAUAAGUUUAUUGGCGAACCCGAAUCAAGUUAGGCCAAAGAGGUUUUGGGGUGUUUACACCAAAUUGAAAAUUUUUAAUAUGACCAACUACAAGAAAGUUGUAUAUCUUGAUGCAGAUACUGUAGUAGUUAAAAGCAUUGAAGAUCUCUUUAAAUGUGAGAAAUUCUGCGCCAAUUUGAAGCAUUCUGAGAGGCUGAAUUCUGGAGUCAUGGUAGUGGAGCCUUCUGAAGCUGUUUUCAAUGACAUGAUGGGCAAAGUGAAUACUUUGCCUUCUUACACUGGAGGAGAUCAGGGGUUUCUGAAUUCUUAUUACUCCGAUUUCCCAAAUGCCCAUGUUUUUAACCCUAAUCUACCCCAGGAGGUAUUGAAAUCUCGACCUGUCCCUAAAAUGGAGCGACUCUCUACUCUAUACAAUGCAGAUGUUGGUCUUUACAUGCUUGCCAACAAGUGGAUGGUAGAUGAGAGUGAACUUCGUGUUAUUCACUAUACACUUGGCCCCCUUAAACCUUGGGAUUGGUGGACAUCUUGGCUCUUAAAACCAGUUGAUGUCUGGCAGAAUGUUAGGGAACAGCUUGAAGAAUCCCUUCCUGGAACUGGAGGAGGCAAAAAUCCAAAUGAUGAGCUCCUUGUCAAAAUCCUUUUCCUGUUACCUUUUUGUGCUCUACUUUUUUGUUACUAUCGUUCUUUCCUUCAGACAGGGGGUUCGCUUUGCAGAACUUCAUUAUACAAUCAGAUCAGACACCUUUACUACAUAAUUAGGUCUAGUGGAACAGUUGCUUACACUGGUGUUUCUUCAUCAUCUACUAUUAACGCAAACAAUCAAUUUUCUAAUGGUGCACAGACCAAAGUGCCAGCCUACCUGGGUGGAAUUUCAGUUUUUGUAUGUUUUAUGGCUGCUUUGGUGUCCCUUGGAAUUGCUAUUUCAAUUGUGCCUCGGCAAGUGAUGCCAUGGACUGGUUUGCUCUUGAUGUAUGAGUGGACGUUUACAGUCUUCUUUCUUUUGUUUGGAGCUUUUCUUCAUUUGAUUUAUCAGUGGGGAAGGAGAACAGCAACUCAAGCGGGAUCAGUUUCCUCUCGUAUGGAUUCUAUGGAUUCUUUUAAUACUGAUUCAAGAAAAGGUCAUCAACGGCUGGCAUCCUCUUGUGAUAUUGUUACUUGGUAUUAUGGGUUGGGAAUGGCUUUUUUGGCAAUUGCUGCCCCAGCCUUACCAUGUAUUUUUGGGAUCACUGCUCUUUUCUUGAGAUUGGGGCUGAUGGUGGUUGGAGGGCUUAUAUUAGCAUCUUUCAUGACAUAUGCUUCUGAGCAUCUUGCUAUUAGGUCAUUCUUGAAAGGUCUUGAAGACCGGGACACCACACGAUCAAGGAGUGCAUGUUUCUUAUGUUGAUAGAAGGCUUCAAAAUGCUCAUGUUACUUAUCAGUACUGUAUUUUUCCUUCUAAUAUGUAUUGUAUUUAACAUACAAUCACAAACGAUUGAUUUGUAAAAUAUUUGCAGAAAAUUUUGUCAAAUUGGAAAUGCAGUUUUUCUCUA